AUGAUGCCUUCGUUCUUCUCUAGCCGGGCCGCUGAGGAGCUCCGAGCCCAGCAGGACGAGGGCUUCUUCCCCGAUCUUCCAGUUCAUUGGCCUGAAGCGCUUCGACGCCUGAGCGCCUUCGUCUCCCAGAGAGAAGACCCCGACUCCUCAAGGCAGCAGAGACCUCGUCCGCGGUCCUUGCUCGUGUGCACUACGAGAGGUGCUGGACCGUGUAGGGGCAUCAGUAGGGCAUCGUUUGCCCAAAAGAAAGUCGGCGCCGGCAGGGGACGUGUUGAGUUGCGCUUCCAAGAGUCUUGGGGGACAUUCACUUGA